UAUAGUUUGUUGUCAGAUAUGUACCAUGACGCCCGCUAUUGGCUCUCAGUCGCUGCUCCACCAUCCUGUAGGGACUCUGCGAAGGCGUCGCUACGCUUGGCGUCUAUCAACGUGACACCCGUGAUUUUUCAACUAUGUGAAAUACGUGACGGUUUCGUCUGAUCCACGCUUCGGAUCGCAGGUUACCAUGAGCACCGGCGCAUUCGCCGGAAAUUGGACACGCUUUUCGUGAAAGUUGCAUUACUAAUUUAUUUACGCAAAUACAGUCAGUCGAUGGUACAAAUGGGACCAAACGCUCAAUAGGGAGAAGCGUCAUUGCUUUGGAAUUAAAAUUUACGACCCUCCCGAACGAACGCCGAUAGUUUCGAUGCCCCGGUAUAGCAUACCUUCACGACGUCACACGCUAAGCUAAAUGUGACCCUCCGGAGGCCGCCAACUUGUGGCUGGUGCGCAGACGCGUUAAGCGUUGGAUGUGCAGUGAGUGCUACGAUCUGUAUACACAUCAAAUGCGGAAUCAAUCCGCCAAAUCUCCAUAAGAUUAUCAAUCACACGAUGAACUUGAAGGAAAUUAAUAGUAAUAAAAGUAAUACGUCGAUCGAUAGCGAGUGCGGGAUACCAAAAUUUUCGCCCAGAUUUAAAUAUAGAAGUGUUUUUCGCUACGUCGGUAUAUAGAGUGAGCCAACAAAACAGCAGUUCGCCGAAUCGAAGAGGUACAUUCCGCUACGUCACAACUGAUUAUUAUGUCAGAACUAAAAUGGAUCUCAUAUGGAACAUUACAUUUGCUGUGAAUAAACGCGAUGGGCAGCGUCGACUCUAGAAUGGAAUCGAACACCGUAAAUCAUGACAUAGAUCCGAGUCCCGCCGAAUAUAACGGCAGCGCUGACUGCUUGCCAUCAACGAUGGCGGAAAAUACUCUGGACGAAGAUAAAGUGGUUGAAAAGCCCUGCCAUACGAGCUUGUCAACAGACGAGGAUUCGGCAACUGAAAGCCUCCCGGCUCCCGAAGAACUAACCGAAGAAGCUCACGAUAAAUCAGACAGUUCCGACUCCGGAUUAGGACCGGAAACGCUCUCGGCCAACAACUUCCCCGUAGAAAGUGACGGCGAAACGAUCAACGUGUGUCCGAGCUCUAGUCGAGACAACGAUGAUGUGAACCAAGAUCCGAACAGCUCCAGACCUAUGAAAGACCUGAACGAGAUCCUUCAAAUGGAACCUAGCAGAAGCAAUCUCAAGAGGAAGCAUCCCGUCGAAGAAGACUGCGACGAGCCGAAAUUGAAGAAGAAACGAUCCAUCGUGUUCGAUAGCGUCACAGUCUUUUAUUUUCCUAGGGCGCAGGGCUUCACCUGCGUGCCGUCCCAAGGAGGUUCUACUUUGGGUAUGGGAGCACAGCAUUCGCAAAUGAAGAAAUUUUCUAUUGUCGAACACGCCAACGAGCAGCGCAGGAUACAUCGGCAGCUUCUUCAACAACUAAGAAUCGAACGGAGCAUUACCGGUGACGUCGCGACGUCGAGCGACGACAGCGACAGCGAGGACGAGAUCAGCGACGCCUCCGAAUCGGAAAUGGACUUGGACAACUACUAUUUCCUCCAACCGAUACCGACGAGACAAAGGCGGGCGCUUCUUCGAUCGGCCGGAGUGCGGAAAAUCGACUCCGUAGAAAAGGACGAAUGCAGGACGAUACGAUCGUCUCGUGAAUUUUGCGGUUGCGGCUGCAAGGGCUAUUGCGAUCCGGACACUUGCUCGUGCAGCCAGGCGGGCAUCAAAUGUCAAGUGGACCGUUUAAAUUUUCCGUGCGGCUGCACGAAAGACAACUGCGGCAACUCCUCCGGACGGAUCGAAUUUAAUCCGGUGAGAGUGAGGACGCAUUUCAUCCACACGCUGAUGAGGCUCGAGCUCGAGAAGAAACAAGAGGAGGAGAUGAAGGAAAAAAGGGACCAUUGGAUGAACAACGAGAGGCUCAACGGUCACGGUUUUCAAAACGGUGGUGGGGAACAUUUGUUGCCCAUAGCGAAUAAUAAGGUGGACGUGAACAAGUGCAGCGGCAGCUUGCUGCGCGACAUCAGCUUGAAUUCGCACGUGGAGGUGGAGAAUUGCGUCAAUAACGGCAGCUUCACGAACGUGCAUUACGGAACGAUGAGCGAAGGCACGGCGUCGACGUUACAGAGUCGUUCGAUCUCGUUUUCCAACCUUCCUGCGCGCGAGGAUUCGUUGGAUCUGUACAGUUACAGGGAGACGUGCUACGGCGACGAGGCCGAAAGAAAACUGCAGCACAAUCAUGUGAAUUUCCCGUCGACAUCGAACGGGGAUCACCACCAGGAAUACCAAUUCGACCCCAGAUUCCCCGACGUCUCUGCGUUUUCGUCGCGCGUCAACUGUAGUUUGGCACCCAUUGCCAUCCCCAGUUCGUAUGUGCCGACGUCACAAUCCCAUCAAUACACGCACUCGUAUCAAUCGACCGGAUUUAACGAGUUCACUUCCGCUCCUCUUCCCGUCUUUAGUUUGUACAAUAACGGGAGUUCGGAAUUUGGAAACGGAAAAUUGGGAGAAGGAACCUGUCAGCAAAUCCAGAGUUCAGUACAAUUUGACAACUUAACCAGCGAGAAUUUCCAAUCCGAGCUCAAAGAGAACCAAUACACAAGCUUAAGCUCUGUAAUAGGAGCGAACAAUAAAAUAGAGUCGUUCUGCGAGCUCCUUAACAGACGUUACAGCUAUGAUGAACCGAAUAAUUUUCAAACCAUAAAUGCGGAACAUUCUGCGGUUGGUCCGGGCGAAUCCGGGUCCACAGUAAACACCACGACAGAUUCGCGAGAGGAUUGCGACGAAAAUUUCGGAGAGAUUAUAAAAAAAUCCAUAGUCGAGACGGUAUCCGCAUAAGUAGCUAACAAUCUCCCGUGAAAUUUAUAUUUGAUGCUGAUAUUUGCAAUUUGAAAAAUUCUGUUCGGUAAAAAUAAGUUUUUUCGCAAAACGUUGUCAAAAAUGAAGAAUAGAAAACACCAGAUGGAACGAAAUUCUGCAUGUAGUAGUUUUUGGUAUAAUAAUUGACGUAAAAGCCGAUUUUGACCGAUGGAAAUCGAAAAAGUUCCUGUUUGAAAGAUAUCAACUUAAACACUCACUUUUUGGGUUACUUGCUGAUUUCCAUCAGGACAGAACAAACAAUCGUGGAUUUUUUGAUAUUCUAAUAAUCUAAUAAGCAACAGGAUUUGGAAAUUUUUUUUUUUCUUGUUAUCAGCGUUAUAUAUAAAUCAUUGGCCAACUGGGCGAAUAAGAUUAUAGCGAUAAUAACAAUAAUGUUUCGUAUUUUUGAGUGAUCAUUCAACACAAUCUAGCAGUUUUUGUUAGGAGAUAGAUACGCUACCUUGUGAUAUCUGACUUGCGUUUUUAAUUUAUAUUCUCUCCAUACUUAAUUGUUAGCCAAUUUUAAAUUUUCAUCCUGGUGUGUCGCCCAUUAUUGAAAUCCCAUAGAAGUAAACGUCAUAUAUGACCCUGAAAUAUUCCCAUAUAAUCUCAGUUAAUCUUGUCCUACUUGUAAAUAUUUUAAUGUAAUCGCGCUUUUUAUUUUUUCCUAUAAAGUCUAUAGCAAAUCCGUACUAUUAUAAAUAUUUGCUAUUUCGAAAAAUUUGACCCCUCCCGUUGUAGGCGAAAACUGAAUUGCCCAUUUAUCGAUGAAGUUAUCCUUGGUUAUCCCGAAAAAAAUGUAAAUAUUUGUUAACGAAAGUUUCAGAAUGUAUUCAUUAAAAGUUUAAUAAUAAAACUGUCCAUAGGUAAUGUUAAAAAUGAAUCAAAAUAUUUGUAGCACUUUAAUAUACACAUAGUGAUUAAAUGAUAACUAAACCUACCAUCUCGGCAACGUAAUCUGUAAAUCAACUCUUUACCUAGCUUGUAACCAUUAUUUAAUACGCUCUGUAGAAUAAAGACGUUACAGCACGUCAUUGUACAUAGUAAUUUUAUUUUUAUUGUUUACAUUACAUAUUUACCAUUAUAAAGAAUUAUAAUAAAAUAUUUAAGACAUAGGAAAAGUUUAAAGGUUUUCAAAUAAAUGUUGUAAAAAAUAAUUUAUUAAAGGUAAGUUUUUUACAA